ACAACAGAGACACGCCUCUUUUACUUUCGUUGUUGAUGACACCGUAAUAAUCUGCGUACAAAAUAACAUAAUUUAGAACAGGCACUGCACAAUCUCGUCCUUGUUUCUUAUCUGUCUCGUCGAGUCCGUCCGAUAGUCCAUCCAUUUUUUACUAUAGCAGACCCAGAUACUCGAUCUGUUCAUCAUGAGCCGAAGACAGGUUCUGAAAGAGCUGCGGCAGAUCAUGAAAGUCAAGGAAUUUGUAGGACCUGAGCCAAUUCACGCCUACAUCAUAUCAUCUGGAGAUGCUCACCAAAGCGAGUAUCUGGCAGAUUGUGACAAGAGGAGAGCCUUUAUUUCUGGAUUCACUGGGUCUGCUGGUACAGCCAUUGUGACUGAUGACCAUGCAUGCAUGUGGACAGACGGCAGAUAUUUCUUGCAAGCGACCAGAGAAAUGUCAUCUGAUUGGACCCUUAUGAAAGAUGGCAUUCCAACAACUCCUACGCAAGCAACUUGGUUGUCCAAGAACCUGGCAAGGAAUUCAAGAGUGGGUUUCGACCCUUAUUUAAUUUCCCACAGCGAGUACCGUCCACUGAAGGCACAUCUUGAAUCGGCUGGAAUUUACUUGGUAGCCGUGGAAAAAAACCUGGUUGAUGUUGUCUGGGACAAGGAAAGACCAGAACGUCCCAAUGGACCUGUAAUUCCUUUAGGGCUAAAAUACUCAGGAGUCACGAGCGCGUCAAAAGUCAGUGAUGUUCGAGAGCAGAUGGCAGAGAAGAAUGCGGCCCUCAUUGUCUUUACAGCUUUGGAUGACAUUGCAUGGCUGUUCAACUUACGUGGAUCAGACAUUUCGUUCAAUCCAGUCUUCUUCUCUUACGCCACUGUGAGCCAAACCUCUGCUGUCCUGUACAUCGAUGAAUCAAAACUUCCUCCGGAAAUUCACCAGCACUUUGAAACUGAGGGUAUCCAAGUCACUUUUUCCCCGUAUAAGGCAAUCACAACCUGCAUUGAGUCAGCAGUAAAUGAACUUAGUCCUUCCGACAAGAUUUGGAUUUCUGAAAAAUCCAGUAUUGCCCUGACUAGUCUAGUGCCUGAGAACAUGCUCCUGACAGACAUCAGCCCUGUUUCUCUGAUGAAAACUAUCAAAAAUGCCACAGAAGUUGAUGGCAUGAUUAAUGCGCACAUCAGAGAUGCUUCGGCUCUGUGCAGAUACUUUGCCUGGCUUGAGAAGGAGGUUGCUCUAGGAAACAAAGUCACAGAGAUCUCUGGCGCUACCAAACUGGAGCAGUUUCGAUCGGAGUUGGAUGAGUUUGUUGGACUCAGCUUUGAAACGAUUUCUUCUGUUGGUUCUAAUGCUGCAAUCAUCCACUAUUCGCCUGACCCCACGACUGACAGACCAAUCACAGACCAGCACAUUUAUCUUUGUGAUUCAGGAGCACAAUUCAAAGAUGGGACAACUGAUGUUACUCGCACAAUUCAUCUCGGCACUCCUACUGAUUUUGAAAAGGAGAGCUUCACCAGAGUGUUCAAGGGAGCCUUUGCUAUCCGAAGCUGCAUAUUCCCAAAUAAACUCAAGGGGAACUAUUUGGAUACCCUUGCCAGAAAGCCUCUCUGGGACAUCGGAUUGGAUUACCUUCAUGGCACAAGUCACGGCAUCGGUUCGUACCUAAACGUUCACGAAGGACCGAUCGGCAUCACAUACAAAAAUUGCCCUCACGAUCCUGGCAUGCAAGCCAAUAUGUUCCUCUCUAACGAGCCUGGAUACUACGAGGACGGCAGUUUUGGAAUCCGUAUUGAAAACAUUGUGCGGGUUGUGCCUGCAACAGCUCGAUUCAACUUCAAGGACAGGGGCUUCCUCACCUUUGAGGAUGUCACAGUGGUGCCUCUGCAGACGAAAAUGUUUGUCAAAUCUUUGCUGACCACUGAGGAGAUCAACUACAUCAAUGAGUAUCACGCAAAGUGCUUGGAACUUGUGGGUCCACUCCUUCAAAAGGGAAACCACCAUGAGGCUCUGCAAUGGCUCCAGAGAGAAACCCAGCCCAUCUGAUUGGAGUGUGGUGAACUCUUGUGCAGUAUUCGUAAGAACCAAUUUUUAAGAGUCAAAUCAAAGUUGUGGUGAUAAGAUUGAAAUAAAUAAUUUGGAAUAUUAUUUAA